CAUUGUCCACAGCAGCCCAGCUAGAGAAAGCGGAGUCGUGUAAGUGCAACACAGCGCGGUUCCAGUUCGUUAGCCCAUCUGCGGGCGGCGUCGCGAACCGCGUAACGCACGCCAACACUAUAGAGAUCAUCUACCCGAGCUUCCAACCAAAGAGCCUCGCUUGUCGCCAAAUCUCGCAUCGAGCAAUCUUCAACCUACGACUGCAUUCCAAUUGCUGCCCCGAACUACCGCGUCCCCCCCUUCUCCGCCACGAUCCCCUCGCCUGCCCGGCCGUUGUCGCUGUACUCAAAGUGCAAUUAUGGGGCCGGACACGCCCUCCGCGUCGGUGCUGCCUGCGCUGGACCCCGGACGUGUCACUGCGAUUGCGACCAUUGCGACGCCGACGCCGACGCUUCACAAUGCCGACAAAGACUCGACACUUUUGCUUCCUCAUAGCUCCAUGGUCGCCGCCACCAUGCGACAAGCUUCUACUGCCGACAAGGAGACGCGACCAGCGGCCACCAGCUCCCACGACGCGACCGACUAUCGCGUCCCAAGUUAUCCGCAUCCCCAUUCCCACCAGCCGUCGGCACCCGUCCGACACCCGGCCCCCGAGGCGCCCCGUAUCUACGACCCUCGCCCGUCCGAAUACCCGCCGGUCAACGCCAGCAGUGCCAAUCUAGCUCCUUACGACAGCUCCAGUCGCUUCCAACCUCCUCCGCCGUCCCAACGUCACCGCCUCCCGCACUCUCUCAGCGUCUCGCAAGCAACAAGUUCCACCAACGACGCUGACUUGGUGUUUACCCCGCCCUCCAGCGAAGGUGGUCGAAGCCCCAGCAAGCCCAACAGCCACGACUCGAGCCAGGAUUCACAGUUGCUGCAGCUGUCCCAGAUUGCUGCCGCACAGGAGAGGAUACCCGAGAAUGGAAAUGCUUUGUCAAGAAAGCGCAUGGCCGACGGAAUGGUCAAGCCCACAUACGAAAGGCCCAGCCCAUCUCUCGCUGGUACCGCCAGUCACACAAGGAACACAAGCGCCGUCAGUAUGGCUUCUACUGCCACCAGCCGACUUGGAGAGCUCUCUGCCGAGCUCAAGACUCGUCUUUCAUACGCAAUGGUUAAGGUCAACAAUGGAUGGCAAUCCCACUCGAUUGACCAAGUAGAGUCGCUGGCUUCCCGUGCCGCUUCUCCUACCUCGAGCAAUUCCACGGUACACAUGAGGAACGGAUCGUCCGCCAGUCCACAGCUCUCGAACCUCCAACGCAGAGGUAGCCACGCCAGUAUGGCUCCCGUUAGCUCUCAACAAUACCCAACAUCCUCCCAGCAAUAUCCAUCAGGGUCUCAGCAGCAUCAUCCAUCGGGUUCGCAACAACAUCCGUCAGGUUCCCAACAACAUCACAGCCAAGGGCGGCCCGCCGAGAGUCCCUAUCCGCCGGAAUCGGGUCACUUGGCUCCUCGUUAUAGCCCAACUUCGCAGGCAGAGCCUAUUCCUUCUGUUACUCUUGCUCCUCCCGCUCCUAUUCAGCCAACAAGACAGCAAUUUCAACAUCCUCGGCGCAACUCGGUGCCACGAAACACACAGGCUUUUCUUGCUAUCAACCACCAGCCACCACCCCAACAAGGACUCAACACAGCUGGGCAACCCAGUCCUUACCUAACAACACAUCAUCAUCGGACAUCGCUAAUGGAUCCGCCACUCUACCCUCCACAUCAGAACGUCCGGGAACAAGACGCCAUAGAAUCCUUGCUCUUCAUGAGUAGUCCCGGUAACUCUGCUAACCUCAAACACGGCUUUCCCUCAUCAUCACAACCACUAUCGUCGUCGCAACCUUUGCCAUCAUCACAACCACUGCCAUCCGGCCACGCACAACCGCAACAACGAACCGCACUGCCGAGCUCACAACCACGGAAAAGCCUACCCUCGGCAAGACCAACAAACCACCCACGCGCCCACCAAACACAGUCCCAGUCCACCCAAAAACGCGUAGGUUUCCAAAAGUCUCCCAACGCCAUGGACAUGGACGACGGCACCUACGGCGUCUCGCCGUACAGCAACACCAACACCCGAGGCAUGCCGCGGAAGAGGGGAGGAUACAACGGCCAUGCUGCUACUGGUGGCGAGCCACAACAACACGCGCACGCGCACGCACCUAUACAAAAGUUGAAGCAAUUGCCUGUUUCCUCGGGACUCACGGUACCUUCGAGGCCGGCACGCACGGGCCUGAAAGAUGAGGACAUUGAUAGGAUGUUGGAGCUUGCCGCGGCAAGGGAGAGAGGAGACUCGGAUUCGGAAGGGGAGAUUCAGAUCCCGGUAUCGAGGGGGCGCCGGGAGGGCGCGGGUAUCGUCCGGGCGUAGUAACAUUUGGGAAAGAUCUGGGGGAGGAUGUCAUCAAGGUGGAUCAAAGAUACCUGACGGGUUCAAUAAAGAAACAGUGUUUACGGCCAGUAUUUGAGGAAUGGACAGGGGUGUCAAUCAAGGAGACUCGGCUCGGGGGAUUCUGGCGCGGUUA